AUGGCCCCGCGCCAUGACAGCUUCAACCGCCGUCGUCCUGUCUGCAAUGCGAUCCUCAAGUGGCAAUUGCAGCAGGAAGAGAAGCGCGUCGCCGAAGCGCACUACCGUCUGAUGCGCAUGUCCACGCCGUCGCCUUCGUCGUCUUUACGUGUACCCGGCAGCAGCUCUUUCGUCCGUCGAUUAGGUGCUGGAAAGCCACGAGCAGAAGCGCCGUAUCAUCGUGAGCUACAAGCGCACGAACGACCAGUGGACGACACGAGGGCCUGUUUGUUCGAGUCGGAGCUUCUGUCGCAGUCGCAAGUGCGACACUCGCCAAUGGCCGUGGCGGCAAUACAUGCUGCACGAGAGGUUUAUUCGGUAAGAGAGGGACACCAUGUGCGACGUUGCGACGGUCGGACGAGUGCAAUACUUUCGGAUGUUGAAGUUCCGACAGUGAACCGGGUGAGGGGGAGAGAAAAAGGGACGGAUUUGUCAUUGAAUCAGUUACUGGAUGUGGAGGGCGAGACGAAGAUCGCAAACCGAUGGUGGCCGGCUGCGAGGGUAAAGACUCCUGAUGCUGUAGAGUACGAUGUUCACGAGGCACGAGCCCACGCGGACCAACUGUCGGAGCCACCGCCAGGGAGAGCAAUGGACUCUACAAAUAGCAGCUUCGUUGACAGGUUUUCUGGCAGAAACUCGACUUCAUAUGGUACAGCAAUUUCAGUCCAUGGGAAUAGAGAGCAGCAAUCGGAGUCUCGUUCCAAUGGAGCUAUGCGCGGCGACGUUAUGGCGCCAAGCGAGUUAUUGACGGAACGAGCAAAGUCUUCUGCAGGGCAGCAUAGUGAGGUUAUAGCACCUGGUUGUGCCGGUACAAAAAGUGCCGCACUGCUAGCAGGAGGGCAGAGUAUCGCGGAAAUACUGGCAUCUUUGGAGAUUACAUCAACUGGAAGUGAAGCACUCGAUGGGGAUUCCGCAGCUCGUGACAAUCAAAACUGGGAUGGGUCUGCUGAUGGAAACAGGACGCAGCUCUCAUGUGGUGACUUUGAUUGUGGUGAUGCUCCCUUGUCACGAACUGAAGUAUUGUCUGGUGUACAUUUCCCGCGGUGGAGCUUGAUUGUGGUGGCUUGCUGUUGUGUGAUUGGAAUCAGCGGGUUUCUCACGGAAGAGUUGCUCGUGAUCUUGAUGUGGUUGUUCUCGAAACGAAUACACUCUUCGUCGUCAAGAUUCGACCGAAAACGAAUGCGUGACCGUGCCGAUGCUCUUCAGCAACAACUCCAGGUAUUCCAGCUAUCAAUUGCCACGAUGGAAACAAAGUCACAGGCGGCUUUGACUGGGCUUCGUCUGCUCAUAUCUAGGAUGCGUCAGGACCGCGAGAGACAUCAACAAAUGCUCGUGAAUGGAAUGCAAGAGUUUCGCCAUUACAUUUCGCAAAGUGCGUAUGAAAUAGUCGAGCAAGAACGAGAGAGCAUUCGCGCACGGCUCAUAGAAGUUGUGGCACCACAAGUGAGUGACGACGAGGGUGUAGAUGGCCAAACAGUUAUUACUGCGGCCGUCGACAUCGACAGUGACCUUCGUGAAGACGAAGACACUACUGGAGAACCAGUCCAAGUUAUCGCCACGGAUGGGUCUCUUGACAAAGAAAAACAUAGUUUACCCGUCAACAACCAUGAGGUUAGUGGCGAGCAGUUCCGUUUGAAGCCGGCCAAAGCUAAGCCAAGCCACGAGCUUGUACCUAGAAAUGAGGUAGCCGUCUCUGCUACCGGAGUUUCUAUUUGUGAUCAUGCGCAGGACCACGCUGGACCGAACGUUGUCGAGAACGAACUCGUGCGAGUCCGAGAAGUUUCCAGACUGAUGAGCGAAGGGCCCAUACCUGUACCUGAAAGUGAAUUUAACAACAUAUCAUCAUCUCCGAUUCAAGAAGUAAUCACCCAGCGCGUACAAGGAGCUGAACCGGCUGUACUAUCAGCAUCCGAUCAGGACGUCAUCAAAAUCGACGCUGUAGUCGCAUCUGUCCCCGAACACAUUGAGGCUGCUCGCUACGCAUCUGGGAAACCGUGGGAUGUAAUCUUCAUGGCGGCAGGUAUCACAGUCCUUUCAGCCUGCUUUGUGCUCCGUGCUUACAACAUCAACCGUCGCAAGCGAUGGCUCGAAGAACGUCGGAGGAGGAGAAGCCAGCGAGCGUUGCGACUCGCUCGACAACGGGCAAGAGCCAUGGCAGCACGUCAGGGAGAUAGUGACGAGUGGAAUUACGAUGACACGGAUGGUAUGGAAGAGGUGUCGCUUAUGACAUAUACGCGAGGUGUCGAGUUUGAUGAAUCAAGAGCGUCAGACAUCGAAAGGUGA